UAAUAAAUAUUUGAUAAUAAUUUUUGUAUCUAAGUUCUUUUUUGUUUAAUUUUAUAUCAUUAAAAGAUAUUAAACAACCACAUUAACCAUAUAAUAAACAAUUAAAUUUAUUCUUAUAUGUUAUAUUUUGAAUUUUUAAAACUAUUAUAAAUUAUUAAAAACGUUAAAUGUCUCACAUUAAAAUUUUGUGAUCAAUGGUUUAACUUUAUUGGUAAUAUCAAGAUACAAUGAUCAUAAAUCGUAUGAAUAUUAAGAGACGGUUUCAUAUAUUCUGAUAAGAACUUUAUCCUAAAAACCUCUAUUAAUCAUGCUCUCAAGAUUGUCCUCAUAUUAAGUCAAUAAUUAAAAAUCCUUCAACGAAAGUGUAUGCAUUGACUGAUGGACAUGCUGUAGCAAAAUUGCAUGUAACAGAGAUAAGCUAGCCUUUGGUAGCAUAAACUCAUAUAACAAAAACAAUUUGCUAUGGGAUGGCUCAUGCUUUGGUCAAAACGCCCGCAUUUGAAAACUAUUAGGUGAACGACUAUUACUAAAAUAAAAGUUUAAUUUGAUUUGGUAAUGAAUAGAGUAAUUCCAGAAAGUUCUGUGUUGAUUAAAGAACUCUUCACGUGGCGAAUAAUUUAAUAAUUAAAAGAAAAAUUUAAGAUCAUUUGUCUACCGACUUCGCCAUUAAUUGUUGGAUACGUGAUAAGAUUUAUGAAAGCGGAAUUUUUUUCACGUGGCCACUUUUUUUAACAUAAAAAUUUAUUAUUGUAUUUAAGUUUGAAGUGAUUCGGAAUUAUAAAUCGUAAUAAAAUAACAAAUAAAAUAAAAACACAAAUUGUCUUGACUAAAUAUUUAGUUGUCCGAUUAUGCUUGAAAUCACUUGAAAUCAGGGGCGAAGCCAGACUUAUUUCUAACUGGGUGCAAAAAAAUAGUAUAAAUGAAAUAAUUAAAAUAUAUUGUGAUAAAAGUUAAAAUAGAGGAUUUAAACUCAGAUUCCUUAAGAUAUUGUGGGUGCACUUUCACCAAAUCAGCCACUUUCAUCUAUGUAAAAAUUUCAGUUUGUAAAUAAUUAUGGGUGCAUGUGCACCCUUAUCCUUCUACCUAGCUUCGCUCCUGCUUGAAAUCUUGGUAUGGGUCUUAUUUUGAAAUCUUGAAAUAUGAUUUUUAAAAUUUUGUCUUAUGCUUUUCCAAAUUUUAUCUUAUUUUGUAGGUAUUUUUUUACAUGUUUUUCACUUCUUCUACCUAAAAUAUAAAAUUUUGAUUUUUAAUUUUUUAAAUUUGUAUUUUUCUAUUUAUAUUCAAAUAAAUCUAUAGAAUCAAUCUGUUUGUAUUUAUUUCGCUAUUAAUUUAUCUUAUAAAUUUUUUUUUUAAUUUUCAUAUUUAAAGCUAUUUUCAAGUUUUCUAAUUGUACAAGUAUUUCAAAUCUGAAAAAUAGAUGAUAUAAUAGACUUCUGAUGAUGUCUCUCUAAAAGAUAUGGCUAUUUAAUGUCUAAUAAACCCUAAACUAUAAGUAUAACAUUAGAAGAUUACUAAAAUAUGAUUUUUAAUUUUUGUUUUAUGUCUUCUGAUAAUUUUAUCCUAUGUUUAGAAAUACGUUAAGCGUGAAUCAUGUGGCCAAGUCCAGACCUAACGAGUUAAUAAGAAAUCUAUUCCUAUUAAAACGAAGUACAAAAUAAUAUUUAUCUAUUUUUAAGUAUAUUUUUACAGAUUUUCAUUCUUUUUUAACUAAUUCUAACGAGUUCAUUUAUUAUUUUCAUUUAAGUGGUUUAUUACAUAUUUUACAUUCUUUUUUACUCUUCCAAAUUAUUUCAUUAAUUGUAGUAAAUAUAAUAAUUUGAUGUCAUUUAUUUUACGUGUUCACAAUAAUAACUUCAUGUGUCAUUUAAAUAAAAAUGAUCCAUUAGUGAAAAGAAUUCAAAUCGGUUAACAAAAUUGUUUUUAUGUAUUUACUUAAACAUGAUAUUUAGAUAUAUGUUCAGAUACAAAUGAGUUUUUAUUGGUAACAAGUUUUUGGAUUUUAAAAUUAAACUCUAUUCGAAUAUUAUAAUUUUUUGGCGUGGUCCGAAUCGGAUUCUUUUGAAUCCAGAUAGAUUUUUAAAAAUCUAAAAAUAUCUAAAUAAUUUAUAUGUUUUAAAAUAUCAUUAAAAAUUUAUUAAAAAAUAAAAAAAUCAAGAGCUGCACAGACGUGCAGAAGCUUUAGUUGGAGAUUAACUGAUGAUUAUUUAGAGCGUAGUUUUUACUUUUUGAGAAUUUGUACUCCCUACACACCAAUUUUCUCCUAUUUGCAUUCCAUACCUUAUAUCCCUCCAAUUUUUUUCUCCUAUCUUUACCAUUUUCUCCCCAUUCAAUGAUAUCCCACCUUUGUUAGUAUAUUGAGCUAAUUUGCUCUUAUUUUUUACGGAUAUAUAGAUAAAUACAACAUUUUCAUCGAUGUACCAAAUAAUCUCGCUUUCUCAGUUGGUGUACGUGUGGUUUACAAUGCGUCGACACCUCCUAAUUUUGUUUGUUUCAUAUUUAUUUUUAUUUUUGAGGAAGAUAGAAACGUAAUUUCCUAGUAAUUUUAUCGUCAUCUCCUUUGUUUUGACCUGUAAUUUUCUAGAUUUUAAAACCGACGGUAACUAAAUUUUUUUCACUGAUUUCACUGAUUUUUAACCUUUUUUGCUUAGGUCUUUGAAACCUCUAUGGAUUCAAUAAAACACACUGAGUUUUAACAUAAAAGAAAACCAAAGUUGAGUUAAGUUUUCCAAUUUUUUUACCGAUUGAAGUUAAUUCGCCACAGCCAACGACCGCUGCAUGUUAUUUAUCUGAUUUUUAAAAUAAAAGUUGAACGAAAUAUUACUUAUUUUUGGAAAGCUCAUAAAAAUGGGUUGUGGGUAUUUAGCUAUAUAAAGCACUUGUCUCAUCCAUUAUGUUAAAAUUAGAAUAUAAAACAAUUCUUAUCUAUUUUUAAAUGGUUACUUAUACAUUUUUAUUCUUUAUUUUAAACUAAUUUUAACCACUUUAUUUAUUAUCUUUUCUAAAUAAUUAGAUAACAUUUAUUAUAAAAUACAAAAUAGAACUUACUUAUUACAUCUUUUACGCUAUUUUUUCGAUCUUCUUAACUAUUUCAUUAUUUAUGUUUGCCAUAAUAAUUGUACAACAUUUAUUUUACAUGUUAACCAUAGUAAUUCGACAUUUUUGAAUAAAAUUGUUCUAUUUGUGACAAGAAUUCAAAAUGGUUAACCAAACAUUUUUGGUUUAUUUUGUUUUACAGAAUCAGCUAAACAUGGAUAUUUGAGUAUGAUUUUUUUUUUCUUAAGUAUCGGAUUUUUUGGAUUUUAAAUUAUGCUCCAUUCGGGUAUUAUAAAAUUUUGUAUGGGUUUCGAGUCAGGUCUUUCCGGAUAUGGAUAGAUUUAGUUCUCAUGUAUAAAAAUCAAAAUCCGCUCGGAUCAAGCUCUACUGAUCUAUUUAUACUAUUAUUUGAGAAGUGAAUUUGCUGAUUUGUCAUGCUUUUCAUAAUUUUAGGUUUAGUCAUAUUUUCUGCUCAAUUAUUAAUCUUAAAAAAUAUUUUUAGUGUUUUAGCUGAUAAUUUACCAUUAUUUUGAGAAUAAUUAAAAAAUUCUAAUGAUAAUAUCAUAGUUAAAUUCAUAUUAUAUUUACUUUAGUAGUAUUAAAAUAUCAUAUAUAUGCUUUUAUUAUAUUUGGUUUAGUAAUAUUAAACCGACUCUAAUUUAAUAUAUAUCACAUAAGAUAGAAUGAAUCAUUUAUUUUUAAGAUAAAUUUCUUAAAAUAAACAAAACAACUUAUUGUAAUAUUUUCUGAAAAAAGUUGGCAGAGAAAUCAAAAAUAUUUAUACUAUUAUUAACGAAUUAUUUUUUUCUAUCUCACGUUUAAAGUCUUUAGUUGCUCUUAAUAAAUAAUUAGAUUAGAUUUGUUAAUAUAUAAUCAUCCAUAAAUAAAAAAAAAUGAGUUUCAUUAAUUUGAUAAUCAUCACUAUUUAAAAAGAUUAUAUAUCAUGUUAUCAAAAAAUAUUUUACAUCAUAAUAUUUUAAAACUAACUAUAAAUCCAUGUAUAUAGUUUUAUGUAUAUAUGAAUAUUUUCAAGUUUAUUUUACGUAAUAAACAAUAUUUUAAAAUGAAAAAAACUUUAUGGUAUGUAAAAUUUAAAAUUUAAUUAAUUAUUAAAAUUUUCAAAAGUAUGAAAAUAAUUUAUUUUAAUAGUUUUGAAUUGACACUAUAUCUAUUUCAAAAAAUUUAAAAAUUAUUUAUAAUGCAAGUGGGGGCAAAACUUUAGUUGAUUUUUAGUUCAUGAUGUAGAUUUAGAUAGUGAUGUGAACUGCACCCACAUCAACAACCAAAUAACUAAUCACUCUCAAUAUGUAUAAUACCAGCAUUUACUACAUACAAAACUUAUAGCUCUAAUUUGCGACCCAAUCUAGUUCUCUCUUGUCAGUCUACCUGCGUGAAUCAAUAUUUUAUAUUUAUUUUUCAGAUUUUUUUUUCCUUUUUUGUGGGUUGAUUUUCUGAUAUAAAUAGGGACUUGCCAUAUUCUAUUACAAUCAUCAAAUCUAAAGAAAGAAAAAGGGAACAAAAAUGGCAAGGUCUGAGUCUCUCUUGCCGGUCACUUCCCAACACGAUCCAUUAUCCGAGUCAAGUUCAAACUCAAUCCCAGAGACCCGCCGGAGAAAACCCACCAAAGUUCAUCUUGUCGUCUAUUCAGGUUUUCUGUUGAUCGCUUUAUACAUUACUCUCAUAGUCACACAUACCAGACCCGUCUCUACAAAAGGUGCUAAUGAUGAAAAGACGGUGGCGUCACGUGCUCGUUUGGCCGGUGUAUCCGAAAAGAGCAACGAACAUAUUUGGAAAAUGUCCGAUGAUCGGGAAGGAGAAGCGUUUGCAUGGAACAAUACUAUGUUAUCGUGGCAACGAACGGCGUUUCAUUUUCAGCCUGAGAAGAAUUGGAUGAACGAUCCUGAUGGUCCAUUGUUCUAUAAGGGAUGGUAUCACUUCUUCUAUCAAUACAACCCAAAUGCAGCCGUGUGGGGUGACAUUGUUUGGGGUCACGCAGUGUCUAAAGAUCUUAUCCAUUGGCUUCACCUCCCGUUUGCAAUGGUUCCUGACCAAUGGUACGACGCUAACGGUGUUUGGACCGGUUCGGCUACUUUCCUCGAUGAUGGUUCUAUUGUCAUGCUCUACACUGGAUCCACCGACAAAUUCGUACAAGUUCAAAACCUUGCCUAUCCUGAGGACCCCAAUGAUCCACUUUUGUUGAAAUGGACCAAGUUCUCUGGCAACCCGGUUCUCGAACCGCCUCCAGGUAUCGGUGAUAAGGACUUCCGUGACCCAACAACUGCGUGGAAGACAUCAGACGGAAAAUGGCGGAUCACUAUCGGCUCCAAAAUCAAUAGAACCGGAAUAUCCCUUGUUUAUGACACCGUCGAUUUCAAGACCUACGAGAAACACGACAUCUUGUUGCACCAAGUCCCAAACACAGGAAUGUGGGAGUGCGUUGACUUUUAUCCGGUGUCAAAGACUAAGCACCACGGUCUUGACACUUCAGUUAAUGGACCGGAUGUUAGGCAUAUAGUGAAAGCUAGCAUGGACGAUACAAGAAUUGACCAUUAUGCCAUUGGGACAUACUAUGAUUCUAAUGGAACAUGGGUCCCGGAUAAUCCUUCAAUUGAUGUUGGGAUUAGUACCGGUUUGAGAUACGAUUACGGUAAAUUUUAUGCAUCCAAGACGUUUUAUGAUCAACAUAAAGGACGAAGAAUCUUAUGGGGUUGGAUCGGUGAAUCUGACAGCGAAGCAGCGGAUGUACAGAAGGGCUGGUCUUCUCUUCAGGCGAUCCCGAGAACUGUGGUUUUGGAUACGAAGACAAAGAAGAACUUAAUUCAAUGGCCAGUUAAGGAAAUCGAAUCUCUGAGAUUAAGAAGCAAGAAAUUCCACAAGAAGAUUGGACCAGGGACUGUGGUUCCUGUGGAUGUAGGCCCAGCGGAUCAGAUAGACAUAGAGGCUGAGUUCAAGCUUAAGAACGAAGAUCUCGAAGUAAUCUUUGGAGAUGACUCUGUUGAGGACGACAAAGAUUUCAGCUGUGAAACCAGCGGUGGAGCCACCUUACGUGGGGCUUUAGGACCUUUCGGAUUCUCGGUUCUUGCUGACCAAAGCUUGUCGGAACAAACUCUGGUUUACUUUUACGUGACUAAGGGAAAAGAUUCAAAACUCAAGACAUUCUUCUGUACUGACACCUCAAAGUCGACCAUGGCGAAUGAUGUUGUGAAACCGGUAUACGGAAGCUUCGUUCCGGUCCUAAAAGGAGAAAAACUGACCAUGAGAAUCUUGGUGGAUCAUUCGAUAGUAGAGGGAUUUGGACAAGGAGGAAGAACAUGUAUUACCUCGAGAGUAUAUCCAACAAAAGCUAUAUAUGGAGCUACAAAGCUAUUCUUGUUCAAUAAUGCCACUGAUGCGACCGUCACAGCGUCUUUCAAGGUCUGGCAAAUGAACAGUGCUUUUAUUCAUCCUUUCUCUGCUGUGGACGAUCUCGUUGUUCCUUCUAGCACCUGAUGAUUAUUGUCUACAAAUAAUAAGGGGGUUUUAUCCUCUAUUAUAUAAAUAAGGGUCUCAUUUGAUCUGUCAUCUGUAUGAUUGAUUCAUCAUUUGAGAGAGGAAAAGAAGAAUAAAAUUACUUUCUCAUGUUUAAAAGAAAAUAGAACUUCAUUCGUUGAUGAUUGGUCCAAUUUUUGAAAGUGAAAAAAAUACAUUUUUCAAAUAAUGAUGAAGUAAGAAAUUAAUUGAAGGAAAAAUAAUUUUCUUAGAAAAAGAGAACAAAAGUCAAUUGCUAAAGUUAUCUACCUAUGUGGCCUGUAAAAUUCUUAAUCCCAAAAUUAAUGGCCUCGUUGGCUCUGGGAUGCGCUAUGAUAAAACAACAAUGAUGAGAUUACCUCAUCUUACUUUAGUCAUGAAUGAGACAAACGAGUAAUGCAAGGUAUUCAUCACCUAGUAGUACGCAACAUCUAAUUUUUUUGAGAUCAUAAGGUAGCAUAAUGAAAAUUAUUAUAAAGUUUUUCAUAAUUAAUAUAUGUGAUUAAGUAAUUCUUAUUAUUAUAUGUAUAAAAUAUACAAAACAGAAAAAACUUCCGAUAAUGUUAUCAUUUGACACAUAAUAAUUCUCACAAAAGUUUAAAAAUGAUGCUCAACCAUCAAACAAUAUUAAGCUUACAUUAAAAAAAAGAUUUAGGGUCCACGAGCAAAACAAAUAAA